AUGGCGGACAAUGUCUCAACAAACCCCCAAUUCCUCGCGCCGCCGGCUGUCACGGCCUUGCGACAGGAGGCUCGGAAUAUCAACCCGAAAAUGACCCGGAGUAUGAGUGACGAUAUGCGGGAGGAGCGUGAGGAUUUGAAGGAAGCCGCCGAGCAGACGUUGAAUAUCAUCGUGGAUCUGAACCUGGACGGUCGCAUUAAAUGGGUCAGCCCAUCGUGGAGACAGGUUGUGGGCUCGGCCCCGGAAUCCGUUGAAGGCUGCUUGAUAUCCGAUCUCCUGCUGGGAAACAAAGAUGUCUUUCGUGAUGCGAUGGAGGCAAUGAAGGAGGACGACUCUCGGAGUCGUUUCAUUCGCUUCUCUGUCCAGAUGGGACCGGACUCGGUUUUGAAAUACGCACCCGAGUCACGCCCGGCCGAGAUCGAGGAUGAAGGAAAGGAGAAACAAACAAAUGAGCCGACGGACUCUUCGCAGGGCGAAGUCGACCGCAACGUGCUCACCAUGGAAGGACAGGGUAUUAUGGUAUAUGAGCGAACAGAUGAUGAGGCCGGACACACUAUGUGGAUGCUCCGACCGUUUACUCAACCGCGAGAAGUGACAAUCGAUCUCCCACCGCAGCUGGUAGAGUCGCUCGGCGUUGGAGCGGAAGUCCUGGCGAACUAUCUCACCAUGCUGGCGGAAGCAGCGGCGAACGAACCCGACCCGGCGAAACAUCCUGCCCCAACUCCGGUACUUUGUCGAAUUUGUGAACGUCAAAUCACCCCGUGGUGGUUCGAAAAGCAUUCAGACUUGUGCCUCCAGGAGCAUCGGGCGGAAAUGGACGUCCAGAUCGCGCAAGAGAACCUGAACGAGCACCGACAUUCGAUCGUGAAAGUACUAGAUGCGCUCGAGUCUCGACAGGGAAGACCAGCGAUCGGACUUGAUGGUCAUAUCGUGCCGCCGCCCCAACCAGAGUAUAAAGGAUUGCCGAUCGGACCAUCACCAGUGAACUCAUCGCCAUCCUCAGCACCCGUAUCAAAUAUUAGCUCUGCACCGGGGACACCUCCUCGCUCCAGAGACCACUCGGCUUCGGGCAUCGUACAAGGUCCCGGUCGCCCUCGUUCGUUUACUGUUCGACGGCCUCUAGCGCGUAUUGUCGAGCUUGUGCUCGAUCUUUGCGAUACUGCGUUGGAAAUCAGCAUGUCGGUCAUCAAAGAAUCAUCUCGGGCAGAGACUGGAGAGGAUUUCCGGACGCUCUCGCCGCAGUCCGAGUCCAGAAUUACCCAGGUCGCUCAAUGGCAUUCUCCGAGUUCCAAUACACUAGAGCAGGAACAGGGCCUGGCAGCCCUCUCAAGUGAUACCGAAGCCGUCGCUAAGACCAAAGUAGAUGCUGUUGUUCGCCAUCGCAAGAUUGUUGAAUAUGCGGAAAGAAUUCGUGUUGAAUAUACAGUAUUGGUGGAAGAGUGUAUCGCUGCUGCUCUCAGCAAGGCUGAGCGUAUCGCUGCUGGCCAGCUCAGCGAUUCCUCCUGUUCCUCCGAUGAAGAAGCGGUCCAGGAAGGUGCUUUUGGCAGUGACUAUUCUUCCGCUCGAGAGGGGCCGUUUUCACAGGAACCAAGUUAUGAGUCUCUACCGUCGCUAGUUCAACAACAACCGCCUCAACCCCUACAAGCGCAACCACAACCAGAACCACAACCACAGGUUCAACCACAACAGCCACCUGCGCCAGCGGUGCCCACCCCACGAAAAUCAACCACAUCUGCAUUGACAAUGUCAAUGCGAAACUCGCCAGAUCGUCCGUUCCUACCACAAGCAGAAACAAGAUCGUCCUCAACUGCUGUGUCUACAGGAUCAAAUAGCCCUAUGGAAUGCCCGACCCCCCGAUCGCAUAAGAGUGCUGCUGGUCUUUUAGGCACCUCUCAACCCUCUCGCCGCGGGUUGCCAUUGUCUGACAUUGACGCGGGUGAUAGUAGUGAUGGCAGCAUGCCCUCGACAUCCGCUUUCGCGGGAGCCAUGCGGACGGACUCACCUUCGUCGGAACGAAGCUUCGAUCGAAAACGCAGGAGUUUAGUUCUCCCAGGCUUGUCGAGCUCCCCUCGCCGCCAACCUUCUCCUGCUCGGGUGUCAGGCCCACACUCUCCGCUACGAAUGCCGAAACCUCGACACUCGCACGGCGCGGAAAGCUUACCGUCGCCGAUUGUUUCUCCUUCAACCUACGCGGGCGAGCUGGCUUAUCACAUCCGCCAUCAUCGUCGCCAAUCCUCUGCUACCUCUUCAGACAUCACCAAGCCUCCACCAUCUCCCCGUCUACCCUCAGUCAGUCAACAGCCACGUCCCGCACCGCCUUCUAUCAAGGACUUUGAGAUCAUCAAACCUAUAAGCAAAGGCGCUUUCGGGAGUGUAUAUUUAUCUAAGAAAAAGUCGACUGGUGAAUAUUAUGCCAUCAAGGUUUUGAAAAAGGCAGACAUGAUCGCUAAGAAUCAAGUCACCAAUGUCAAGGCCGAGCGUGCUAUCAUGAUGUGGCAGGGUGAGAGUGACUUCGUGGCCAAGCUGUAUUGGACCUUCUCAAGCAAAGAAUAUCUCUAUCUGGUAAUGGAGUAUUUGAAUGGCGGCGACUGUGCCUCCCUUGUCAAGAUUCUUGGCGGUCUCCCUGAGGAUUGGGCCAAGAAGUACAUUGGUGAAGUGGUCCUUGGUGUUGAGCACCUUCAUAACCGCGGAAUUGUUCAUCGUGACCUUAAGCCAGACAACCUUCUGAUUGAUCAGACAGGGCAUUUGAAAUUGACAGAUUUUGGUCUUUCCCGCAUGGGAUUGGUUGGCCGACAGAAGCGAGUUCUGAAAAGUCCAAAUGAGUCUGCUCCGGACUUGCUCAAGCAGGGCCCGUUCCCCCGUGCCAUAUCUAUCGCAUCAUCCCGAUCAGCAUCGUUCGACUUCCAGGCGGGCUCUCCCGGAUCUACCCCGUUAAUCACACCCGAGCCGGGCACCAGCGUGGGCCAACCUUCUUAUUUCAGUCUCAACCAAAGUGGUUUGAACCAAAGCAAUCUGAAUCAGGGUGGACUGAGUCGACAAAGCUCUCGCCGUGCAUCAGGUUAUCGUAGCGACAGUGCUGGGAGUGACAGCUUUAACGGGAUGUUCAGAGGCUUUUCCCUCAACGAGCCUCUCAACGACCCCCCAGUACCUUCACCAAGUAUGCUGUCCAGUAACCUGGCAGAAGAUGACGCGCCAAGCGAGCUGGACGAUUCUCCCCAACUCUAUCCGCUACAACCUACAUUCAGCAAUCCUCUGAGCCACAAUACACCCCCGCAGCAGAGCAUGUUACCUCCUGUGAUGGCUCUUUUCGAUCCUGAAGAUCAUGAUCGACGAUUCGUCGGAACCCCCGAUUACCUGGCUCCCGAAACCAUCAAUGGAAUUGGUCAGGAUGAGAUAAGCGAUUGGUGGUCCCUGGGGUGUAUCAUGUUCGAGUUCAUCUUUGGAUACCCGCCCUUCAACGCCGACAGCCCGGACGAAGUGUUCGAGAAUAUUUUGCAUCGGAGGAUCAAUUGGCCAGAAGAUCCCGAGGAGUACACCACUGCAGAGUCCCUGGAUUUGAUGAACAAGCUCAUGACUCUGAAUCCGCGUGAGCGUAUUGGAGCCAAUGUCGAGGAGAAGUUCCCAAACGGCGGAGCAGAGAUUCGUGCUCAUCCUUGGUUCAACGAUAUUCACUGGGGUACAUUGUUGGAAGACAAAGCAGAGUUUGUUCCUAACUUGGAAAACCCCGAAGACACCGAAUACUUUGAUGCUCGCGGCGCGACCCUACAGGCUUUCGCCGAGGAAAUGGAAGAUCAACCUUCUCCGCAAAUGCCAGUCACAACCGAGACGGAUCGACCCCACGAUGCGUUGUUCAAGGUCCGCUCACAGGUGAAUUCCAUGAAGCGCCCCUUGAUGCCUCUCCAUAUCCCUCCGCAUGUGCGGGACGCCCGUGACUCGCGCAGUCGGAGACUAAGCGAGCCCUCGCUAGCCGACGAUUUUGGCAGCUUUAACUUCAAGAAUCUGCCCAUGCUCGAAAAGGCCAAUAAAGAUGUGAUUCAGAAGAUGCGGCAAGAAGCGAUGCAGGCCCAGCACCGUCAAUCUGGUUCGUCCUCGGCUGGACAGACGCCUUUGACCAAUUCUCAGCCUUCUCUGGAUGGAAGUCCCUUGCCAAUGUCGCUGCAGCGUACAAUGUCCCAAAACAAGGGCAACAACCGGCCAUCUUCGCCAUCGAGUUUGAGCCAGGCCAACUCUUCCCCCAGCCGGCCCUCACAACCAUCCUCGCCCCUUCUGGUUCAGUUCAGCACCGGCCAUAACCAUGAGCGUCGUAAAACAUCGGGCUCUUCCUCGACCGCGUCACACCAAUCAAGUGGGACAUUCCAACCAUCAUCGGCGGAGCAGACCCGCGUGCCGAACUUGCGACUAGGCUCGGUUGCCUCCUCUCCCGUGAAAGCCAAUCGCAUGCCAGCACAUUCUCCUGACAAGCACCCGUCUUCCUCGAGUCAUCGACAUGGAAGUGCUCCGGCAAGCCGAGCCCGAUCGCAAACCAUUGGGUCUCAAGAUGGCGGUGAACUGUCCUCCUCCCUCAGCAGAGAAUCCUUUGUACCUGCUCAUCACAAGCGACGCAGUCAAUUAUUUGAUAUUUCCCCGUCUUCUUCCGACAAUGAGGAUCCUCGCACCAAGGCUUUGCUGAAAGUCCAGCGCCGGAGGCAGAGCUCACGACGAAUGUCACAAUUUAAUUUGACUGAGGGUCCGUUUUUCCGUCCCCUGGAUAUUCUGAUCUGUGAGGAUCACCCUGUUUCACGGCUGGUGAUGGAGCGUCUCUUUGAAAAGUUACGCUGCCGAACCAUCACGGUGGCCAAUGGAGCCGAGGCCGUGCGCUACGCUCUGAGUGAAGUUCAGUUCGAUAUUAUUAUGACCGAGUACAAGUUGCCUCAAGUCAAUGGCGCAGACUUUGCACGCAUGGUCCGUGAAACCCGCAGCGCAAACAGACACACGCCGAUUAUCGCUGUCACUGGUUACUUGAAGGAUCUACCCGAGACCCAUAACUUCGAUGCACUCAUCCAGAAACCACCUACACUUUCUAAGCUAACAGAGGCUCUAAUUAAGUGGUGCAUGUGGAAACCGCCACCCAAGGAUUACAAUCUAUCGCAAUCCCCCCCUCCCCUGCCGAUGCCGAGUACUCGUCCCAGCACGCAUCCGACCGAUGACAGCCCUAGCUCGGCAUCAUCUGGCUUCGUGCCAAACCCUCCUAGUUCCUACCGGGGGUCGAGUCGGGAUGAAUCGGUGACCAGCAGUGUAUUUGGUGAUAUGGAGUCGAUCAAACCAGAGGAUGUCCCUGUCAUCAUCAGCCGCAAUCAUGAUGACUGGGAACAGGGAAGCGGCGGCUUAGGUAUCUCCGAAGAUGCCCACCCUGGCAGUCCGGAUCCCAAAGCGAUACCUGUUCCCCAAAUACUCCACACUGCCAGUGCACCGGCCGCUAUGGACGGCACCGGUACACUCACUCCACGGAAACAGCGUUCUAGUGAAGCCAUCCGUGCGAAGCGUGAGUCCUUGGAGCGCAAGAGAUACGAAGGCGCGGAGUCCGGCGACGACGAGGACGAGGAGCUUGGCAACGCCCAAUCUCGCCGCAGUCCACCAAGUCGCAACCGUCGACCGGGCUCCAAGCUUGGCAUUGAGAUGAUGCGCACAAACAGUCGAGGCAGUGUGGUCAGUGGCAGCGAAGAGCUCAUUAAGAAGGAGCGGGAAGCUCUACGCCGACAAAGUGGAGAGUUUGCAAGCGGUAGUGACGACGGUUCCCUCGGUUCCCCUGCCAGCACGAGUCUGGAGGAACGCUUCGAGGGGAUGAGUAUCCCCGAGGAGUCAGAGGUUGAUGAACAAGUCGGUCCCCGCAAUUCACCACCGAACGCAUCGGUCUCAUCUCUUGGAUCAAACCAGCGCCGUCCUUCUCUCGGACAUCGCGAUACCUCUAUUUAUUCGGGCCCGACCUCCCACCCUUCUGUGUCGAAGGCUAGCUCGGAGAGUCUGACCCAGGGUCAAAUUACGCCUCCCGGGGGAGAAGUCGGCCGAGGCCGAGGCCCCAUUACGCCUGAGGUGAAGACAACGAGUAGCCUACUCUCUGCCGAGUUUAGCUCUGGCUCUGGCUCUGGCGUUGACGACACCGAUUAUACCGAGACGCCGGAUCCUGAAGCUACUCCUCGUCCUCUACACCCAUCUCCUACGCCUGAUAGCGACGCGACACCACGACCGAGUGAGCGGUAUCGUACCGAUCUGUCCACCUCUAAAAGAUAG